AUGUCUACCUUAGUUGCUGGAGGUAAUCUUGCUCCGCACCCAAACGGACAAGGAACCUUGUGCAAAUCGACCAAUUUCGUCACCAUCAACGACGUCACCAGAAUCUUGCUAGAUUUCUUCAAAAUGAAUAAAUACCAUUUAGUUGCAGUCGGUUGCAAAGGAGGGCCACCGCUCGAGUUCAUCGUUUAUACAAGUAUUUACAGCUCGAACAGAACCUUUGACUCCGAGACAUCCAGUCCGAAUCCCAAAGGACCAGUCCCAAAGCGUGAUAUACAGAGAAGAAUAAGAUACACAGACAUUGGAGUCCUAGCGACCAAGUCAAACCAGCCUCCCUGA